AGUGGCUUCUUACCCGCCGUUCAAAUCGCACGGUAUCGCGCGUUGAACUUGCGUUCGAAAUUCGUAUUCCGAAAUUUUUUUUCGUGUGCUGUUGUGUUUCGGAGGCCAGUGUUUUUGGAAAAGUUCUGAAUUCCAACAUGGACGACUGAGUAGCCGCGACAGUGAGCGAUCUAGUGAACGAAAGUGUACAACACAGUGAUAAUCCAAUUGUUGACAAGUGACAGACAAGAUGGCUCCCGCGGCCUGUUUCAUAGCGACGGCAGUUUGCAUUGUAAUUGCAGUAUCAUGGAGCGAAGCCGCCCGCGACGCAUCAUGUCCUCGGAUCUGCGGGCCCGCGCUGCAGGGCGAGCCGGUCUGCGCCACCGACGGCUACAUCUACCCUUCGCUCUGCGAGAUGAGGAAGAAGACUUGCGGGAAAGGAGUCCGACUAGCGCAGGAGCAAGGGUCCUGCUCCCGCGCCCAAGGAUCCAAAUGCGACCACCGCUGCACCUCCGAACGGGACCCUGUGUGCGGAACUGACGGGAGAACGUAUCUCAACCGGUGCAUGCUCCAGGUGGAAAUAUGCAGGGUCGGCACCGGUCUGUCCCACUUAGGUGCCUGCAACAACAUCAGCGCUCACCGCGAGAACUGCCCCGUGAAUUGCUCUCAGGCGCCUCUGGAUGGACCUAUCUGUGGCUCUGACGGCAAUGUUUAUAAGAACACGUGCCAGAUGAAACUGUUGACUUGCGGACAAGGAGUAGUGCGAACGAGCAAGAAGCACUGCCAGACGACGCGUCACUGCCGCGAGUCGUGCUGGCGCGUCGCGCGACCGACCUGCGGCUCCGACGGAAAACUGUACGCGAACGCCUGUAGGAUGAAGGCGACCAACUGUGGAAAGCACGUAUUCGAGGUGCCGAUGGCGUUCUGCGUGUCUCAGGAGCGUACGUCUGGCGGCGAGGCUUGCGCCACCGACUGCUCCGGGCAGAAGGAGAAAGUGGUCUGCGGCUCUGACGAAAACGUGUACAGGAACGAGUGUGAAAUGAAGAUGCUUAACUGUGGAGUGAGCAACAGGAAGAUAGUGAAGAAGGUGGAUAUGGAGAAAUGCCGCGCGAAGAUGAACAAAUGCCUGAAGGUCAAGUGUCCCAGCGAGUCUGACCCCGUGUGCGGUACCGAUGCCAACGUCUACGCCAACCCGUGCCAUCUCAAGGUCGCCACUUGCCUCAAAGGAGUCCAGCUAGCGCACUUCGGCAACUGCACGCUGCUGCCGCGGCUCGAGAUCGACUGCCCCGAAAGCUGUGACAACGCUGUGGAGCAACCCGUCUGCGGCUCCGACGGAAACGUUUACAAGUCGGAAUGCGAGCUCCGCCGCCUGACCUGCGGGCAGCACGUGGUGGCCGUGUCGGCGGCGCACUGCCGCACCACCGCGCUGUGCCACGAGGCGUGCCCCGACACCCCGGCCUUCGUCUGCGGCUCCGACAACCGCUUCUACAAGAACGAGUGCAUCAUGAAGAAGGAAAACUGCGGGAAGCACGUGUUCGUGGUCCCACUGAAGCGCUGCCUCGCCCGCUUCCAGUACUCGGGCUGCGCACGAGUCUGCCCGCCCGAAUACGACCCCGUGUGCGGCACGGACGACAAGACCUACUCCAACAAGUGCUUCCUCGAGAUGGAGAACUGCCGGUCUAGGAGUCUGGUGUCACUAAAAUACCUGGGAACGUGCAGCGAACCCAUCGCCGAGGAACCGAAGAACUACCUGUAUCGAUAGAAUAUCGACAUCGAUAACCAGUCAUAUCGCCAUCUCUUCCAACCCCUAUCAUCACUGAACUCCACUUUACAUUAGUCCCAACUCUCUAUUUAAGUAACAUAACCUUUAGUGAAUACCGUGUUCAUAGUUAGGUAUUUUUGACCAAGGGUGUGAAAAAUUGUAUUUGGUGAAGAUUAAAAGUCACGUGUCACAGAUUAAUAAAGAAAACAGCUACUUCUUUUACGGGGAGUAAAUAAAUUGGUUCAACUCAUGCAUAUUAAAGUCACUAUCAUGCGAAUGACUCCACAAUUGAACCAUGAUGGUAGGAAGUAGAAUCUCGAGCUAUGUACCACCACCAGGGUUUCAAGGUAUAAUGGGCAAAGAAACGCUAGACGGAGGGAACAAUUAUGUUUCAUUAACUAUAACUAUGUGACUUUUAAUCCGAGGCCCUAGAAUACAGAUGGAAACGUUUUAGAAUGAAUACAUUUUGUUUAGAACUGCUUCCAUAAAAUCUGCUUGGCAAGCUGAUCGCAUACAAAAUGGAACUCAUCAAAAACGUUUUCAAAUAAAAUUGAAUACUAGAAGUACAGGUUAACUCUACAUAGAGACCAACUCAAUAAUCUUCGUCUUCCAUUACGUGUGUAUCUUCAGAUUUCAAUAUAAAAUAAAUAAGUACAAAAACAUCUCGCGCAAGCCCCACUACACUUGCGUCUUUUGACGUAUAUUUACAAAAAGAUUUACAUUUUUCAUACCAUCAGUUUUUAUCUUUUAGCGAACGUAAUAUUAAGGACUAAGUUUGGACUGUUUAAUUUAUUUUUCUAUUUAUUAUCUAAUCGUAGUUAGGUUUUGUAAAUAUUUAGUGAAUUCUUUAACAAUUAUUUAUUUUAUUUAUAAAUUUUAUCGCUGCAUUUAGAAAAGACUUACAUGUUAACCACUGGUGUCAAAAAUAGGGCGAAAUAAAUCUGCAACAACUGUUCUUUGUUUACUUAAACUUAAUACUCACUGUAAACUAAACAAAACAAUAACGUAUAGUAAGACGUCAACAAUUAUUUGUUGUACCGUACGAGUAUAUACGUCGACAGCCUAUUGCAAAAUUUGUCAGAUGGUAUUACCAUAUAACGGUAGUCAAAUUAUACCAAAAAUAGACAGAUUUUGAAGUUGCUUCAAGUAGCUAAAAUUUUUCAGUUUAAACUUUUUAGUUUUUAGUUUUUUACUUUUUAAGGCAUAGUGUGUUAAUAUUAUCUAUGGCUGCAAUCAGAUGACAGAAUGUUGCCGUAAUAAUUCCUGUUCACGAUUUUCCGGUUUUUACGAUCUUCCGACACGUAUUAUGCAUUACAAAAGAGCAUCUCCACCACUUGAGAAAGUGGUGGAGAUGCUGGGAUUCUACCACUAUACCUUAAAUAAAUAUGUAUGAUUAUUUCUCUGAUAUCGCGGAUUGUGACACUCAAUUACGUGUACUUAAGAGACAAUAUAACUCAACCUCGUAUUGCAGAUCAAUCUGUAUACUAAAGCGAUUGUAUACAUGUUUGAGUGGUAUAACUGAACAUAUUUAUCUAUACAAAGAUGAGUCACAUAGCCAAUAUGAGAUUUAAUUUGUCAUUUUAAAAAUUGUUGAUCUUGUAACCUAAUCGUUGCCCCUAUUAUUUGUUACUAUUUUUAAGAUUAGCUACUUUAUUAUUACUUUAAAACAUAUUUUAAAGCAAUAAUAUCCUAAUAUCUUUUUAAUGUGCAAAUAUUUAUGAUAAUUGACACUGCCAUAGCUGUUUGUUCGUAAAGUUAAUGUUUACUGUAAAAUUGUAACAAUUAGUGGUUGUACUAAAUGCUUAUCUAAUAAAUACUCUGUAUACGCUCAAGUUUACCUACUGUUUAAAUAACAAGCGAUUAUUAAAUUAAAACAAUUAU